AUGGCUCCUGUUCAACCAAAAACUGAAAAGGCAUUGGCAGCUGCAUUCAUUUCAAAUUGUGCAACUCUCCUCAAAUGUCCCUGUUGCGAAUUAUUGGCUACCAGUUGCAGCUUUGCAGUAUUUGCUAGGGUGGCUCCAGAGCAAAAAGAGUUGAUAAUGACAACUUUUAAAUCAUCCAGGAGAGUAACUUUGAUGUGUGGUGAUGGCACCAAUGAUGUUGGAGCUUUGAAACAGGUAUGGCAAGAAAUAGAAAUAUACUUUUCUUUUGGAAAAUUGACUGGAAAUCUUACUAAAGAUAUACCAUUUCUUUCUGAUGCUCCUAUUAUCGAGUCUGGUGAUGUGGAUAGUGCAAAAUUUAAAGCAUUGCGGAGAGUUAUAUCUAAGUACAGUGCAUCUUCUCUCCCUCCAGUUCCUAAGAAUAAUGAGAAGACAGGAUAUGGUCGAAUUUAG